CUGGAUUGUGCCUGGGGUAAAGUCCAGGUGGCAGUUCAUGCUGGAGAGGGGUUUGGCCUCUUUGGGGCAUGGAACAGGUAGGGAUGACCUCAGUUAUGGCUGGGGUGCAAACAGGCCCCUGAGAGUGGCAGAAUGAGGUUCACCUUGACUCCCGGAGCCACAGCGGAGCAGGUACCGUCCUGCACCUGUUUCUCAGCACCUGCUGCACAGCUGCUGCUACCCAGCUCUCCCAGCCUGAGCCUUGCCUGGCGCGGCAGUCCGGAGGCACCCCCACCUCCCCCAGUCUCCCGGGGCGCAGCUCCUGCACUCAGCUCUUCUCUAGGGAAGCUCUCGCCUCCAGCCUCCCAGCAGUCGGGCUCACAGGGCCAGGGGACAACCACGACAAGGAGGCCACGGAUGCAGGCACUCGGUUCAUUUCAAGCUAAGGAAGCCCCACACUCAGGUCUGGGAACGCCAUGACCGAAGUUGGUUGGUGGAAGCUGACCUUCCUGAGGAAAAAGAAAUCCACUCCCAAAGUGCUGUAUGAGAUCCCUGACACCUACACCCAGAGUGAGGGUGGUGCGGAGCCCCCGAGGCCUGACAGUGGGAACCCCAACAGCAACUUUAACACCCGCUUGGAGAAGAUUGUGGACAAGAACACCAAGGGCAAGCACGUCAAAGUCUCCAACUCAGGCCGCUUCAAGGAGAAGAAAAAGGUCCGAGCCUCAUUGGCGGAGAACCCCAACCUCUUUGAUGACAGGGAGGGCAAAGGACAGUGAAGGGGGCCGAGGAGGACGCUAGCACCUUCCCGCUCCCUG